ACGAUACUGGAUUAGAACUCAGGGUGGAUUUAACAAAAAUACAGCAUCGACUGUCCUGUAAUUGAUGGGAGUACUCAACAUUAGCUGGUAAAAGCUUUGGAUUGGACAUUAACAGGGAAGUGAAACAUUUCAAAUGAGAUACCAUACAACAUAUUCCAGUUUUUAGGAGCAACAUUCCUCAUGGAUAUUUCCACAACCCAAGGGACCAAACGGAGAAGAACCUGAUGGUUCCGUUUCAUCUUCUCACCUGUACCUGUAGCCACUCGCACCACGCACGCGCUCCCUCCUCCGCGUUAUGGGCGGAUGGUGAAAGCCUCAAGCAGCUCGCUGUGAGCGAGGGAUGGCAGAGGCAGAGAGAGAGAGAGAGCUGGAGAUCGAUCAGCCCAGCCUAGUCCCGAGAGACACUGAAGCAGAAACAACGGGAGUGCAAUAUGGAGUUGGGUCGUGUGCUGUUGAUGCUUUUGACCUUAACGGGAAGCACAUCAGCGCUGCCCGAGCAGUACAGAGCGGUGGAUUGGCUGAGCAGGUAUGGCUACCUUCCUCCUCCUGACCCGCGCACCAGUAAACUGCAGACCAAAGAGGGGAUUGAGAAGGCCAUUCGUCUCAUGCAGAGGUUUGGCGGGGUCCAGGAAAGCGGGGUUCUCGACAAUGAAACCCUCAAACUCAUGUCUACACCUCGAUGCUCUCUCCCUGAUAUUGUUGGAAAUGAGGACAUGAUGAGGAGGAGGAGGAGGAGGAGGAAAAGAUACGCCCUGUCAGGCCUUAAGUGGCAUAAGACAGACCUCACAUGGAGUGUCCACAGCUACCCUACGCCCUCCCUCUCACCCGGUCUGCCUCGCGAUUUGGUGGACAUGAUCCUGACUCACGCCUUCAAAGCCUGGAGCGACGAGGUCCCCGUGAGUUUCCGUCGGCUGCCGAGUGACAUCAGGGGGGCGGCAACUGGAGGGGACAUCAGAGUGGCUUUUGCACGCUCGCUUCACGACGACGGGUACCCUUUUGACGGGCAGGGUGGCACCCUGGCCCACGCCUUCUUCCCUGGCAGGGAUGAAGUGGCGGGUGACACACACUUUGAUGAUGAUGAGAUCUGGAGCUAUGGAGGCCUCAGCAGCAGCACAGACCUGUUCACAGUUGCAGUGCACGAGUUUGGGCACGCGCUGGGCCUGUCCCAUUCAUCGUCCGAUCCGUCCAUCAUGAGGCCCUACUACCAGGGUCCUGUAGGGGACAUCCCCAACUACAGACUGGCCCUGGACGACAGGCAUGCAAUCCAGCAGCUUUAUGGUGUGAAGGACAGCAGACCACCAGGAGGUGUUGAUCCUGACCUCCCACGCCUGCCCAGUCCCCCAUCUCCAAGACCAACACAGCUUUCUGACCCCUCGUUUCACGAGCGCUGUCAGGGAGGCUUUGAUGCAGUGGCAAAUAUCAGAGGAGAAGUCUUCUUCUUUAAAGGUGCACACUUCUGGAGAACUAAGCGAGACGGGUCAUUGGUGUCCCUCAAUCCGGCUCAGAUUAAAAACUUCUGGAUCGGCCUCCCGCAAGGAACUAAAAAGGUCGAUGCCGUGUACGAGCGAAAGAGUGACAGCAGCAUCAUCUUCUUUAUUGGAUCUCUGUACUGGGUCCUCAAGGACACAAUGGCCAUGAGUGGCUACCCUCGGCCCCUCUCCGAAUGGGGCAUGAGGUCAAAGAGCGGGGUGCUGGUGGACCGAGUGGAGGCAGCCUUCAUCUGGGCCCACAACGGCAAGACCUACCUGUUCAGCGGUGGGGAGUUUUGGAGGUUUGACGACAGCCGUGAAGGCGAACAUGUGACCAGGCAGCCGGAGCCGGGCUACCCACGGGACACGGGCAUCUGGGGAGGAGUGCCCACCCACAUGGAUGACAUCAUCAGCUGGGGAGCAGGAGAUGCCUACUUCUUCAAGGACAACCUUUACUGGGUGCUGCAGAACGGAGGACUGAACCAAGACGUCGUCACUCCUAAAUCCAUCGCUGUAGACUGGCUCAGAUGUCCAGCUCCUCCUGCAACCUCCACUCCUCGAAUCCCGAAGUGCGGCUGUGACUUGAAGGGAUCAUCUUCAUUUCUAAGAAGCAGCUGGCUCCUACUGAUCUCUGUCAUAGUGGUAGUUCAUGAGUUUAUUAGAAAAUAAGUAGCAGUUGUUGUUUACUACUUCCCUUGUUCCACUGGUGUGUAGUAACGGCUCUUUACAUACUUAUGUCAGAAAAAUGUUAAAGAUCCGCCUUAGUUUAGCAUAUGAGGCCUGUGUUACUGUAAAUACUUUAACAGAACACAUUGCUGACCCGUGAAAACAAUGCAUUGUGCAUCCUACCUCUGUCCUGCUAUAGAAUAUCCUCCGACAUGUUGGAUUACAUGGAGCCUGUAUAGGAGAAUGCAUGGAAAUUCAUGGCAAUCUUCUGACCCUCAUAAUGAGGUCUUACAAAACCACCUCAUGUUUGGACAGUAAACUCAAACAUAGUGAAGUGCAAGUCAAUUUCCUUAUCAAAGCACAUUUCUUUAGUUCAGAGUAUCUUUGUGUAUAUGCCGUGUUGAGGUUUGUUGUUGCCACAUUUUUAUAUAUUAUUUGGUUUAGUAUUGUACAUGUAAAUGAUUGUCAGGCAAUCAAGAAGAAACAUUUUUUUAGUUGACAGUCAAACUGAUGUUAUUAUGCAUGAAGGUAUUAUUGCAGCAGUUCUGCAAACAGAGAUGUUGGCUCACAGAACAGUUGAACGCAAUCAGUCAUUCACUUGGUAAGAGUUCAAAGUAGAGUGACAGUAUCAAGUAAUCAGUCAGCGGGGGCAAACUAAGCCGGCAAGGGGCGGGCCGGUGUCGGAAAUUAUAUUCAUAACAAAAAGCAAACAGGGCAGAAAUAGUCAUUUAUACAGAUUCAAGCUUAAUUUCUGUCUCAUUUGAGUUAUUUUACUAUCAUGUAACAAAAAAUUUUUUUAUUCUUAUAUUUUAUUAUUUAAAAUAGUCACUUGGGUAUUUUUAAUGUGGAUCAAAGCACUGCAAAUCUAAUGCAGUAAAUCAUGUAAUGCUUAAAGGGACAAUUCACCCCAAAAUAAAAAAUUAGAAAAUAUUUUUAAUUUGGUGUGAAUUACCUAGCUACGGAGUUAUCGGCCUUAGAGAAGGCAGACAUCUCUGUGGUGAACUGCCCCUUAAGUUAGUAGGGUUUAGUGAUGUUGAUUGAAUGUAGGCCAUAUUGUAGUUACGAUAAGGGAUGGUGUGUAUGUUGCACUGUAGCUGCAGGUCUUCAUGCAAGAACUCAACACACAAGUCCAUGUUUAAGUGCCUAUGAGCAUGAUUAAAAUGUCUUUGUGAUAAGUCUGUUAACUCCCCCUUGAUCCUAACUCCUUCAGAGGCUGAGUUGUUGCUGUGCACGGUUCUCAUGGUGCACAUUCAUGACUAUAUCAUGCAUAUCCAGUGACAAUCCUGUGUGGAUUGUAUAGACCGUUGAUGGCUAUCUCCAUUAGAAACGCCUAUCUGAAACAUAUCUCAGUGCCAUCAAGUCUGACAGGUACAGCAAGUCAGAUAUUUAGUGGAGGAAGAGCACAAUGGUAAGAAAUCUCUGACUGUCAUUUAGCCUAUGAACGAGUGUCGUUGUUUCACAUUCCUUUUGACUGCCUUUAGAUGGCUUGAUAUGAAGGAAGAGCAGCUCGGAUUUUACAGUCUGAUAAACAAAUCUUAAAGUAAAGCGAUACACAUGUAAGAACGUGAUUUUCAACAUUAAAUAUAGUUUCUCGUUUUGAUUGGUUACUUUGCUUCAAACGGCACUCUGACAUGGAAAAUAGUGUGUGCAUAGGCCUUCAUCUUUAAUUUAGAAAUAUUGAAUUAAUACAAUGUCUCUAGACAACCACCGCAUUUUUUGUCUCAAGCACAUUCAAGUUAUACAAGGGAGGUAGUUUGCGCAGACAUUUUUAUUACAUUCUUUCAGAGGGAGUUGUUCAGGUUAACAGUAUGGCUCAGAUAUUAAAGUUAAAAACAAUUACUUUUACUUUGACUUUGACGUGAAAGUAUAGUAGUCUUUAAUGCUUUGUGAACAUACCUUAAACCUCUCAUGUGUCUGGCUCAAGUUCUAUCCAAGUGCAACAAUAGGAAUUCAAUUUGAUGCAGUUUCUCAACACAAUAAAAGAAAUACAAUAAUUACCCAGUGGAAAAGGUAUUCAAAACAAAAGGAGAUACUGACACCAAAUCAUUUUAAUUUAGAAACACUCAAGGGGUCACAGUUAUGUUACAUGUGCAAAGUAGAGCAACUGUGUGAUAUAUAUUAUAGUGAGACAUAAUGGUGUUCAUUCAAUUGAACAUGUCAAUCCUUCAUUACACCAAAUAACAGAGGCUUCAUUGUUGUGAUACAUUUUGCAGCGUGCCGACAUUUCCUUUACACUAAUGAAGACAAUAUUAAGGCAAAUAAGUUUCCAAUAUAAAAGGAACAUUAAGGUAGAAAACAACUUAAAAAUUAAAUCUUAUUUGCCAAGAUAUUACAGACUUGAGAUUUAGCUAUCUAGACGAUACAUGUUGGCAGAUUUUAACAUGACUAAAUACAAAGACUAUAUUGCUGGAUUUCUAAACAAGCAUUACCACAUCUACCCUGCAAACCUAGUGCAAGUGCAGCCCUUUUACAGGUACCUGACUGUGGCACUACCACUUUAGAGACAAUCAUGAGCU